AUGGGUCCUGUGCAGCCCCCACAACGCAAGGGUCGCCUUCCCUUGUAUUCCCAGGAGAAGCUUGUUGAAUUGCAGGGAAAGUUUGAUGACCUUGAGAAACUUGGCGUCUUUGCACGCCCUGAGGAUAUUGGUGUUACGGUUGAAUAUGUCAACCCGUCGUUUCUUGUGAAGAAGCCAAAUGGCGGCUCUCGUCUUGUCACAGCCUUUGCUGAUGUUGGGCGCUACUCUAAGCCACAGCCCUCAGUUUUGCCUGAUGUUGAUUCCACUCUGAGAAAGAUAGGUCAGUGGAAGUACAUUAUUGCAUCUGACCUUGCAAGUGCCUUUUAUCAAAUACCUCUCUCUCGUGAUUCGAUGAAGUAUUGUGGUGUUGCUACCCCUUUCCGCGGCAUUAGAGUUUACACCCGUUGUGCUAUAGGUAUGCCGGGAUCAGAGACGGCAUUGGAGGAGUUGAUGUGUCGAGUGCUGGGAGAUCUAUUGUUUGAAGGUGUUGUUGUCAAACUUGCAGACGACUUAUACUGUGGUGCUGACACCUGGCAGGCCCUUUUGCAUAACUGGUCCAGGGUGUUACAUGCACUAGCCUCCAAUGGUCUUCACCUUUCUCCAUCUAAGACUACCGUCUGUCCAAAAACCACCACUAUUUUAGGGUGGGUUUGGUCUGAAGGGAACCUCAAAGCAAGUCCUCAUAGGAUAACAACUUUGUCAACGUGCUCAUGCCCUUCAACCGUGAAGGGCAUGCGGUCUUUCAUUGGAGCCUAUAAGAUGCUUGCUCGCGUUCUCCCGAAUUGCGCAUCCUAUCUGGGCCCCCUGGAUGAAUCGAUUGCAGGUAUGAAAUCUCAAGACCGCAUCUGCUGGACAGAUGAGCUUCAUGAUGCCUUCAACAAAGCCCAGUCCGGCAUCAAGUCUACUCGUACGGUUACUCUACCCCGGCCAUCUGAUCAGCUAUGGAUUGUCACUGAUGGAUCCGUGAAGAACCAUGGUCUCGGUGCUACCAUGUACGUCACAAGAGACCGGACGCCUUUCGUCGCAGGUUUCUUCAGCGCGAAGCUCCGUGGUCGUCAAAUCACAUGGUUACCUUGUGAAGUAGAAGCACUGUCCAUUGCUGCUGCCACCAAGCAUUUCAGCCCGUACAUCAUCCAGUCUCACCACCCUGUCUGCAUUCUUACUGACAGCAAACCUUGUGUUCAGGCUUAUGAGAAAUUGUGUCGUGGCGAGUUUUCUGCCAGUCCACGGGUUUCUACCUUUUUGGCAACCAUUAGCAGAUACCAGGUUUCCUUACGUCACCUGGCGGGCUCCGCUAAUGUCCCAUCUGAUUUCGCGAGUAGGAAUGCUCCCCCAUGCCAUGAUGUUCGAUGCCAGAUCUGUACUUUCAUUUCACGGAUGGAAGACUCUGUUGUCCAUCUUACGUCUGUUGCUGACAUCCUCUCAGGGAAGAUACGCCUCCCUUUCACAUCUCGUCACGCGUGGGGUAAGAUUCAGUCUGAUUGUCCGGCCCUCCGCCGUGCCCAUGCCCACCUUACUCAGGGUACUCGCCCAUCGAAGAAGUUGACAGGUAUCCGUGAUGUGAAGCGAUAUCUCCAGGUUGCCACCAUCGCCCGUGAUGGCUUACUGGUCGUCCGCCGGGAUCAUGCAUUCUUGCCACAGCAGGAGUGUCUCGUCAUUCCUCGCAAUGUGCUACAGGGGAUUCUCACUGCCCUACAUCUUCAACUUGGUCACCCCACAUCACACCAACUCAAGCAGGUUGUCUCACGGUAUUUCUAUGCCCUGGAUCUUGAUGCAGCAAUUCAACAGGUGACUGUCGGUUGUCACAGCUGUCUUUCCCUCCAGAAUGUUCCUCGUGUUGCUACUCCCCAGUCUACAGGUGACCCUCCAUGUGUCAUUGGUGUGUCUUUUGCUGCGGAUGUCAUCAAGCGUUCCCGCCAACUCGUUUUCAUCCUCAGGGAGAGUGUCACUUCUUAUACUGUAAGCGCUUUGAUUCCAGAUGAACGCAAGGAGACUCUCCGCACAGCCCUCCUUCAGCUAUGCGCACCUCUCAGGCCACUUGAUGGCCCUCCAUCUGUCGUCCGCACUGACCCUGCGCCAGGAUUUUCUGCUCUCCAACACGAUGAGUCUUUGCACAGUCAGGGCAUCACUUUGGAGAUCGGCCGUGCCAAGAACAUCAACAAGAAUCCUGUCGCUGAGAAGGCUGUCCGUGAGCUGGAAGAUGAGCUGCUUCGUGAUGAUCCCCGCGGUGGUCCUGUUACUCCACUUGCGCUUGCUCUGGCUACCGCACAUCUUAACAGCCGUAUCCGUUGCGUUGGUCUUUCUGCUCGUGAGCUUUGGACCCAGCGUGACCAAUUCACAAGUGAACAGAUUCCGUUGCGUGACAUGGACGUUAUUACCAAUCAACAUGAGAAACGGCUCUCCAACCAUGGCCCCAGUAUGGAAUCGAAGGCACCCAAACGCCUAUCUUCGAUGGGAGAGUCUCUUGUUCACGUUGGUGACCUUGUCUACCUUGCGCUCGGACCGGACUAA